AUGGCUCCUCGUCGUCAUAGCAACACGGGCUUCCUCGGCGUUCGCAAGCGGCCUGCGGGCCAUUUCGCGGCUGAAAUCACUGUCGGUGGUGUGCAUGUAUGGAUCUGCACCUUCUACACGAAGGAGGCUGCUGCCCGCGCAGACGACGUUGUGGCGUGGAGGUUUGCCCGGUCGCGCAAUGAAAUGAACUUCCCGGAGGUCAGGUCUCUGACGGAAGCCCAGAAUCUCGCUCUUGUGCAGCUACUUUGCUCAGAGGGGGAAGCGUGGCGGUACAUCGAUGGUCAGCGGCGGAUUGCUAUCAUCGAGGCGGACGAGAAGUUCAUGGUGAAGUAG